UUUUGAAGCUUCUAGAGAUCUUCUUGUUGGUUUCAGUGGCGUGUUUAGUUCUAAAUCCUUCUCUUUAGUUCGAUUUACACUAAAUUAAGACCCGUAACAGUUAUGAGGUGUGAAUUUCAAAAGGUAAUACCAAAACACUUUAAAUAUAGGUGGCUUAUCUAAUGCUCAUUUGUUUCACACUUCUUUUUUUUAAUCUAGAGAGAUAUAUCUACAAUAUAUAACAGAAAAGACUUGAUUAUUCUACAAAAUUAUUUCCAUUUGAAAGUUCCCUUAGAUCUUAAAGAAUAGGGUGAAAAUAAAUUUUGACAAAAGUGUUAGAAUGACUUUUCAUCUCUUUAUUGUUAUAUUAAUUUACAAAUAUAUUACUUUCAGUUGUAAUAACAUCUAUUCAUCUUUUUCUCAAUUCCUUCAACGUAGAUAUAAUAUUUUGUUUAUUAUUCCAUUGAAUAAUAUAUUCUCCGCAUAAUUUAUUCGUCAGUAUCUUCCCAUGGAUGGAUGUCUUUGUCUGGUAAUUAUAUCAAUCAAAGCUAAACUAGCUGCCGUUUGUCUGAGGUUAAGAAUGAAUUGUAAUAGUAUGGUAGUUAGGCCAAGACGGCAAAUUUCUUUUGUAAUGAAUGAUAUAUAUUUUUAAUUUUUAAUACUUUAUUAAUAUUUAUUUUUUUUCAGUUUUCAAAUUUUGUAAUCAGGUAUUUAGUUUACAAUAAUAAAUAUACUUCGUGGCAUUAACAAUGAAAUGAGGACCAUCCAAGCAUUAAUGAAAUGAGGAUAACAAAACGGCACUCAUAUAGUUAUGGUAGGGCAGUUUCAACGCCACUAUUGUAGAAAAGUCCAAAGACCAUGUCAAACCUAUAAGCGUUGUUGUAUGUUUCGUCUCUAACUCUCUAAGCUAAUAACCCAAAACUAGGUGUGCCUCUUACAAUACACGUCCCUUGAACUUGAACACGUACGCCGACUUCACAUGUCGUUUUCUUCAAAGAACAAGCAAAACGACACCAAUAUUCGACUACGCGUUGUUCCACACUCCUCACCUUUCUUCCUUCAUCUCUAAGGCUCAAAUUUCAACAUAAAAUAAAUGUACCUAUCCUACCUUUUCAUACAUAUUUAAUAAUAAUAUUAAUACAACUAACCACAAGAAAUUUCUCUUUCUUCUUCCGCCUUCAGAAGAUAAAGGGGAAUAUCCUUGAAUUUUGUGAGUUUGUUCCCAAACAUCAUCAACUCUUUGUUUUUUUGUUCAAAGGAGAAGUAAUGGGUUUUUUUAAGGUUCAUAUCCAAAGAGGAGUCAACCUCGCUGUUAGAGAUAUCGUCACCAGCGACCCUUAUGUUGUUCUCAAGUUGGGCAAGCAGAAGCUAAAAACUCGAGUAAUAAAGGGGAAUGUGACUCCUGAGUGGAAUGAGUGUUUCAAUAUCUCUGCUUCCGAUCCACAUGUUCCCAUCAACCUUUGUGUGUAUGACAAAGAUACGUUCAGUUUCGAUGACAAGAUGGGGGAAGUAGAUAUCGACGUUGGUCCUUUCCUUAAAGCCUUGAAGAUGCAGUUGCAGGGUGUCCCAGAUGGAAUCACAGUUGCCAAAGUACAACCAACCAAGCAAAAUUGUCUUACUGAAGAGAGCUCCAUUGUCUGGUCAGGUGGCAAACUUGUGCAGAGUAUGAUUCUACGAUUGAGAAAUGUCGAAUGUGGGGAAGUAGAACUCCAGUUACGCUCAGACUGAUGAUCCAAUCCAACGACCAAAGGGAUGUUAUGUUAGAUUUUGAACUUUGAAAGCCUUUGUGCAUUCAAAACAUACACGAGUAUGUAUAAUUAGUUCUUUUGUUUACAUAGGACUCAGAAGUGAAACAGUGAGAAUUAAGUUAAUUCCAUACGCAAGUAGUGUUGUCUACAAUUGUGUGAGAUUUCAUAAAUAGGAAUCGAUCGGUGACUUCAGAUUUCAUCUCUUGAUUCGUAAUCUGUAAUAGCAUUUGUUGUAAGUAUAUAUUAAUCUUAUUUUAUUAGAAGGGUUUUUUCUUUUGACAAA